GAACUUUUAAGAUGUUUGUGGAGCUUCCUUUAGGGAUGACUCACUGACGGUUACUCUCAUGACUGAAAGCUGGAGUUGGCGAAUGCCUGUAUGAGCUGAUAUCCGUGGUUCGCCCACAUUCUCCCUUUGGAAGAUAGACGGGGGUUAGUGCCCGCUGAACAGUGACUUGGCUGUGGGUGUUGUCUGUUCAACUUUCAAAUUGUGUGUGUGUCUCCUUUGGGAGCUGCAGUUGAGAAGUUGAAGGGUCUAUUUAUCGCACUAAAUGGGGUCUACGUGCUCGUUCACUUCUAGCGUCCUGUGGUGCACAGUGAUACUUUUACCUGCCGUUUCAGCAAGGACUUGCGAUGACGAUGAUUCAUCAUUCUGUCGCCACCAAAACCAUUUUAGCUCUGUUGUUGCAAUUGGAGUGAGCUUCUUUGGGAUUUUCCUCUUCUCACUUGUGAUCUGUUUAUGCUGCCCUUGUUGUCUUCUGUACAAGAUGGCACGAAGAGGACGUCAGCCUGUUGUUACAAGUUCAACUACAACUACAGUGGUACAGUCUACAUACCCACAGCAACCACACGUACCGGCACAAGGUUUUGUUCCUUACCAAGGAUAUACUCCUAUGCCAGUGCAGCCAGCACCAGCGAUGGCUCCCUAUCCUCCAAGUAGCGCCAAUCCACCACCAUAUCCAACUCCAUAUUCUGGACAACCACCUUCAUAUCAAGAUACUGUGGCAACUAGUGCAAAUGUACCUUAUCCAGGACAGCCGCCAUACAAUCCUGCCGUGCAGCCGCCGUACAAUCCUGCCGCGCAGCCACCGUACAAUCCUGCCGUGCAGCCGCUGUACAAUCCUGCCGUGCAGCCGCCGUACAAUCCUGCCGCGCAGCCGCCGUACAAUCCUGCCUACGGAACUGCAGAGAAGUUACAUUAAUAAACAUGUGGCCACUUCUGUUGUUAAGUACGUUAAAACUGAUCUAUCUUAGCCUGUUACUAUUUUGUACAAGAUGAAUGCUGGAAAGGAAUUAUCUCGUAAGAAUUUCAGAUACGUUCAGCAGUUAACUGUAAAUUACUUGUCUUUAAUGGAGUUUUUUUUUGUUCCCCCCACUUCAGUUCUUUGAGCAGAUGUGAAAUCUAUUUUGCCUUGGAUGUCUUGAUUUUUUUCCAACUCUUUUCGACAGAAGGAGCACAACUUUGUUUUGUAUAUUCAAAAAAAAAGAAAAAUAGUUGCUUUAAGCUAUCUUUCAAUGCAAACAGGUGUUUUGAUAUCUGCCUAUUUUCCCCUUCUAUGAAGGCUACUACUUUCUUGCUUGCCAUUAAAGAAGUGUUUUACAUGAGUGGCUGUUCCUGGAUCCUUUUUCUAAAAGGAAACAAAAAUAUGCUGUAUUUUGUUAGCUGCUCUUCCUUCAAGGGUUAUUGGCCAAAAACCAAAUGCAGAUAUAAUUCCCAAGUGUAUCAUUGAUUAUGCCAGCGAUUGUCAUGAAUCUUUUACUCCUGAAAUGUCAGUUAGCACAUAAUGAAUCUGCUGACUUUUUCUUUUUAAAAAAAAAGCUUGACAAAUGGCCAGCAAAGUAUUUAUAGAUUUCUUUCAUCCUUUUGUUACUUUUAUCUCUACCACCCCUUUCAUGACCUACUUUGAUUUUGCCUUCAAUUAUCUGGCACAACUUUGGUCAGUGACUGAACUGAAGAGCAGUUAUCUUUUGUAAGAAUUCUCUGCUUUUUCACAUCUCGGGCUCUGGGGUUACUUUUGUGCCCCCUCCCAGGCAAAAAGGAUCCAAACAGUUGCUUGUGCAGUUUCUGAAAGUGAAGACAAGUGGGCAUAUGCAGUACAUUGUCAAGGUAAAAUUGACCCAGGAUCGGAUCUGUUGCAUUACCUAACGCACUGCCAUGUAGUUCCUGAACCUCAGAUGUACCAUUUGCCACGACUUAGUCAUUUCCAUGAAAAGAUUGAAGGGAAAUAAAAGAAACUAUCUCAAUGACAUAAAGAUCAGCAUGACUGCCAGCAGCGAGCUGCAUUGGAGCAUCGGAAAAGUCUUUCACCCAAGAGAGCAUGAUAAACUGCACAGACUAAGAGGAAAGAAGUAAAUAAAAUCAUUCUAAGUAAAUAAAAACAAAGCCUCACGAAUGGUUUUCACUUUUUUUUUAUUCUACUUAUAAACAGGAAUGUUUGAAGUUUUUACUGAAGAGAAGUGUUAAUACGCAGCUACAUAAAUGUCAAGGUAACUGCUUCUACUCCCCACCCUGCCCCAACCAAGAUGCAAGCAAAUGUAGUUAGGUUGUGGAAUUUUCUAAAUCAAAGCUUGAAUCUGCUGAGCGCAGCACGUUUGCUGCCAAAAACCAUGCUCGGUUCCUAUUUGCUCAACCACUUUAAAUUACCUUUCUCCAUCCUCCUGCACUUCCCACCCAACAUUCUGAGACUGGGAAUGAGCACUUUGCUAUCAUUUGCUUUAUAACUACUUUGUAACUGUUGUCAAAUGAGUUUUUUUAAUAUAACACACAAAUUUGGUUUCACUGAAUUUAUCAGGGGCAAUUGUUUUAAUUCAGAUGCUGCAGUAUCAUUUGAACAAUAUACAUUACAUUUAAUGUUGAUAUUAGAAUGGUUGUAAUGUACAAUAAAGUCAAAACAUUCUUUCAAA